AUGUCCAAGUUGUUCAUUGGCGGCCUGGCAUGGCAUACCGACGAGGCGACACUAAGACAGAAGUUUGAGGAGUUUGGGAUGGUGGAAGAAGCAGUCGUCGUCAAGGACCGCGACACGGGCCGUAGCAGGGGCUUCGGGUUUGUGCGAUACACCAACGAGGAGGACGCUCAGAAAGCCAUCUCCGCCAUGAACAACGUGCAGUUCGACGGACGGCAGAUUCGGGUUGACAAAGCCUCGGACACUGGUCCCAAAGGCGGCGGCGGCGGCGGGCGAGGAGCAGCCGUCCCAGGCUACGGCCGAGGGGGGUUCGCCGCCGCCAUGCCGGUGGCCGGCGCCCCCAUGCCCGGCAUCGCGUACGGCACCCAGCAGCCAUACGGACUGCCGCCGAACCUCUACCACCAGCCGUAUGGGCGCGUGUACGCUCAGGCUGCACCGGCCGCAUACGCCGUCCCUCCGCAAGCUUGGGCGGCGCAUCCCUACGGAUACCCCGACCCAACCCAGCAAGGACCACCCCCUCAGCCGCCGAAUCAAGGGCCUGGGCCGGGCGGGUACUAG